AGCCAUCCGAAAAUUGGCUCGCGACUCCGCGGCGAGAAGCGAUCCGAGAUCCGCACGCGCGAUCGAUCUCGCUCGUUGAUUGUUUCUCACUUUUCCAAAUACAAUGGCUGCGCUCGAAUGAGACGCGGAUCCUUACCUUCCUCCCGUCGCACACCAGGCACAAGCUGGUCCCGGGCUUGUCCAAAAUUCUAGUGCUCGCAGCCGCCUCAAAUGACCGAACGGAUCCGCACUGUCGCCGGAAGCGUCGACGUAGCAACGAGGAGCAUCAUUCCGUCGUGGUACUCGGUGAUGCUUCGUGUACCGCUGAAAUCGCGUCAACGAAACUUGCCACUGCCGGCCGAGGAAUAGCGCGGGCGCGUGUCUGCGCGAAGGAAAGUGUGACAGAGAAAUUUCCUGGCGAUUCCUGCAAGCGUCUCUCGCGCGUCGGGACGAGAAGACGACCGAGGACUCGACUGACUGCCCCCCGUUCUCGGCAGGGGAAGGGUCAGUGAUGAGGGGUCGAUGAAGGAUCAUUGGCAUGGCCACGCGACUCAGCCCCCGAAAUUCGGAGGUGAACGCUCUCGAGCAGCGGGGCUAUCUCAUCGGCAAGAAGAUCGGACAGGGUUCUUACGCGACUGUCCAUCUGGCAGAUUAUAUCGAUGGAGCGAGCUCAAAGAAGAUGCGUCUCGCCUGUAAGAUCUUUGACAAGGAGAAGGCGCCAAACGACUUCUUGGACAAGUUCUUUCCCCGCGAGCUAGAAAUUCUAACAAAGAUAGAAAAUCCGCAUAUCAUUCAAGUGCACAGCAUCCUGCAGCGCGGCCCGCGCGUCUUCAUCUUCAUGCGCUACGCCGACAAUGGCGAUCUCCUGGACUUCGUGAAGAACAACGGCAUGGUGCCCGAACAACAGUCGCGAUUGUGGUUUCGUCAGAUGGCAUCUGGCUUGCACUACCUGCACAGCAAGAACAUCGCCCACCGGGACCUCAAGUGCGAGAACAUACUGCUCUCGCGGAAGUUCAAUGUGAAACUGGCGGACUUCGGUUUCGCCAGGUUCUGCAUGGACCACGAGGGCAGGCGGGUCCUCAGCCAGACGUACUGCGGCUCGGCGGCCUACGCCGCGCCGGAGGUUGUCGCCGGCACCCCGUACAAUCCGAAAUUGGCGGACGUGUGGUCCCUCGGCAUCAUCCUCUUCAUCAUGCUGAACGGGACGAUGCCGUUCGACGACGAGAAUCUGCGGAAGCUUCUCAAGGACCAGAUGUCGCGCAACUGGGUGUUCAGGUCCCGCGUCCGCGACACCGUGUCCCCGCUGGCGAAGAACAUCGUCCGGCAGAUCCUCGAGCCCGACAUCACUCUUAGACUCACGCUCGAGAGGGUGCUGAGCCACGAGUGGGUGAGAGCGAGGAAGGAUAGAGUGGGCUCCCUCGCCGGAAGACUCGUCCACUCAGCGCCGCCGAGCCAUACACCGGUUACGACAAACCACAUUAAUUAUAAUGUUACAUUCAAAGUCCCUGGUCUCCCAGCUGCGGUGGAUUAUGAUAGAAACGAGAAAUUAUAUAAAUAUUUUCUAUACAUUAUAAUGUGUGGAGGCAGUAGUCUGGGCGGGUCGGGAGUCGGAAACGUACCUGUCGCAUCGAGGGCAUUACCUGCAUUCAAAAAUUCGGAAAAUCAGAAUAAACCGUCCUCGAAGAUUGUAAAUACCUCGGGGAAAGAUCCACAGUUGCCUAUCACCGUGGGAUAAGAAGACUCGCGAAGGAAAUUCAUUGACACAUCGACGAGCUAUACAAUUGAACAUACAAGAAACUGUCAAAAAUGUCAUAAUUGCAAAAAUGUCAAUUAUUUUUGAAAACAUUUACACUUGUCUUUACUAAUAUUUUUUCUUAAUUUCCCAUUGGGUUACACGACCAAUGCGAACUUACACGGAUGUUGAUAACGUAUUGUUGCCUAAUAAAGUCCAUAAUAUUGCAAUUCAAUGUACACCACCCGUACUCGAAGUAAUACGACGGAAAUUUCAUCG